GGGUGAGGGGAGAGGGCCGCUGCCCAGGCCUUGGCCUCUGUGAGGCGCCUCUGCCAUGAUGGCUCCUGGGGUCGCUUCCCUCAUAACGCAGCCCAGGCUCUCCUCGAGAGCGCGCAGUCCUUCCGCAGGCGCGUUACCGCGGCCCCGCUGCUCCCGCGCAUCCCCACGCGCCCCGAGGAGGCGGCGGGCCGGGGGCGGGAAGGGCAGCGCCGAGCUCCGCCCCCGCCCCGCCCUUCUCUCCUCAGAGUGGGCUGCGGCCCCUCCCCGCGGGCUGCCCCCCGCCGGGCUCGUCAGCGUGGGCUGCGCGGGUCCCGGCUGCCCCAGCAGGGCCGGGGAGCGGGGGGCGGGCCGGGGGCGGGGAGCGGGCGGCGGGGCCUGGCGUGGUUCUCGGCGCCCCGCCGGCGGGCCGGGCCGUGCCCCGCGGCUCCCCCCGCUCGCCCGGGCGCUCUGCAAGAUGGCGGCAGCAGCCGAGCGCGGUGCGGAGCUGCCCGCGGAGUCGUCGCGGGGGGUUCGGCCGCCGCCGCUGGGCCCCGAGGAGGUGGCGAGGCGCCUGGCGAGCACCCGCCGGGAGCUGGGCAACAGGCGUAAGAUCCUGCUGAGGAACCUGCCGGCCGAGAGCAGCAGCCAGGAAAUCCAUGACUUAUUUAAAGAUUAUGAAAUCAAGUACUGUUAUGUGGACAGAAAUAAAAGAACAGCGUUCGUUACUCUGUUAAAUGGAGAGCAAGCUCAAAAUGCAAUUCAGAAAUUUCACCAGUAUUCUCUCCGGGGAAAAGAAAUAUCCGUGCAGCUGCAACCAACAGAUGCUUUGCUGUGCAUUACUAAUUUGCCCAUUUCAUUUACGUUGGAAGAGUUUGAAGAACUUGUUCGUGCGUAUGGGAAUGUCGAGAGGUGUUUUCUGGUCUAUAACGAAGUUACUGGCCAUUCAAAGGGUUAUGGCUUUGUGGAAUAUAUGAAGAAGGACUCUGCUGCAAAGGCAAGACUGGAACUUCUGGGGAAACAGUUAGAUGAGAGCACUCUCUUUGCACAGUGGAUGGAUGUGAACCUGCUGACCACAAAUCUUAUUCACUCUAAGUGCCUUUGUGUAGAUAAAUUUCAAAAAGACUAUGCUGAUUCAAAAGAACUGAUCCAAGCUUUCUCACUGAAGUAUAAACCUGUGUUCUGUCAGUUUGCUCAGGAUGAAGACAGUUGCAUUGGUGACUUUGCUGUGGUUGAGUAUGAAACUGCAGAGCAGGCUGAGAAAGUACAUGAAGUCACUGAUGGCAUGACUAUCAAAGGAAAGAGAAUCCAGGUGUCAUACUGUGCUCCAGGAGCACCAGGCAGAAGCACGUUAGCAGCACUUAUAGCAGCACAAAGGAUGAUGAGGAACAACAGAAAAGGCUUGCUUCCAGAGCCGAAUCCAGUGCAGAUUAUGAAAAGUUUUAACAAUCCAGCAAUGUUGCAAAUGCUACUGCAACCCCAGUUGCGUGGACAUGCUGUUAAACCUGCAGUUCUUGGAGCAUCAGCAGGUUUACCUCACCUUAUAAAUUCCGCAGUUGGCCCACCUUUUUUGCAGUUGAAUAAAGUUCAUCAGAGUUCAAUUCUGGGGAGUACAUCUAACUUACUGCUGCAGAGCCCGGCUCACCUACCAUUGCCACAGCAGCAGCUGAUGAAGAUUGAAAACAUUAAGGCUAAUAGUAAACCAGGUUUGCUGGGAGAACCUCCAACAAUGCUGCUUCAGACAGUACUGGGAAUAGGGGUAAUGCCAUCAGUGAGCUCAGGCAUGGGAGCCCGUGGAGAAACUCUUAAGUCAGCAGCAGCAGCAGGGAUGGGCAUGCUGCCAUUCUUUCCGAAUCAGCACAUUGUUGGACAAGCUAUACCAGGGCAAAAUAAUGCUCCAGAUAAACAACCGCCUACCGAAGCGGUUGUCUCGGGUUCGCAGCCUUAUCAUCAGACCUUAACAAAUCUUUCUGUGGGAGCUUUGCGGACUGGACAUGCCAAACAACAGAAUCAACUAAAAAGUACUGAUACAAGUUUGGGGACUCCCUUGAAAAAACAGACUUCGCUGCUAGGAGAACCACCAAAAGAAAUACGUCUUAGUACCAACCCCUACUUGAACUUGGCGAGUGUGUUGCCUGGUAUAUGUCUUCCAGCAAUUGCCAGCAAAGCCUCUAGUCCACCGCAGCAGACUGGACUUUCGAACAACGUCAUGGACGCUGCUGUGUCUCAGGGAACUACAUCACAACAUGCAAUGGAAAGUUAUUUUAAUUACUCUCAACAGCAUGGGGAAUAUGCACAGGUGGCUCCAAUGAGAAGCGAGAAGCGAGGCUCGUCGUACCUUAUGUCCUCCCCAGAACCUGGCCCCUUGGAGUACCUUGGCCAGCAGACUCAGGGCUCCGCAGUACGUUAUGCAGAAUCCUCUCUAAAAAAAAAGCGCGUUUAUUGAGACCUAAAUAAUGACUCCUGCCUCGGGGUGUGAAGGCAGGCUUUUCGUACCUCUGCUAUUUAUUGCUGCCUUAACUUCAGACAAAUAAUUCUUCUUUCCAGGGGGGUUAUAAGUAUCCCAAGAGGAACAACCUCUGUAAUGGGCAAAUUUGCCAAGGAAAUGGUACAUAUUGCUACGAGUGUUUCCUUUGUUGUCUGCCGCUGCAAGGAACAGUGAGCUGAGGCUGACAAAGCAAAGUAAUGUGGCAUGUUUCAGGUAGCUUACCAGCUGAAAGCAAUAAAAAUACUGAGGAGGGAAUGCUGAUCCUUGCCCUAGUCCUCAGACUGAGGAAGUUAAAAGAUGAAAUCUUGAUAGUAAUUUUUUUCAUAUUUUUUUAACUCAGAUUAUGGGUUUUUCAAUCUUACUUUUUCCAGGAUUAAAAGUUCUGCAUUUACAAGCCUUUAAAUUUUUAGUAUUUCCUCUUAAUCCUGGAAUGGAGAUACACCAAAUGUAUUACCAGAGCCUCUGUGAUGUUUUCAAUAAAUGUCUGUUAAAAGUAAGAUGCUAUAUUGUGUGCUGCCUUGCAACACUCAAUUCGCUUCAGAUCAGUGAUACUUUGACAAUGAAGUAACCUUUAUCUGCUUUUAGGCCAAGAAUCCACGGCUUUUCCUUGGAAUAAGUAACUUACAGUUUGUGAAUGCCUCUGUGUAACACAGUGUACGUGGCAAAGUGCCGUCCUCCUUCCAACAGGCACGCGUGUCAGUGUGGCCGGCUGCUGGCAGCAUGCUCGGGUGGCGGAGCAGUAUAAAGGUAACAAAGUGGAAGAAAUCAAUGGCCUGUUCUGCUUUUUCUGACUCCUCCUGGAUCUGGAUGAUUCAGUUGGAGCAGAAGCAAUACUGACAUGCUCCUCGGUGAUGGCUUUAAUCCUUCCUUCCUGCUCUUGACUGUAUUUUCUUCUUUUUUAAGCAUCUUAACUGUAGCAAUGUGCUGCACUCCAAAGCCUGCUAGAGCAGAGCAUCCUCGUUCUGGUUUUCACUCUUUCUUACAUAUUACCUUUUGCAUGAAGUAGUUCUCACUAGAAGGAAACACUGUUUACUCACUCACCUGUGCCAGGUGUACGGUGUGGGCUCCCUCCUCCCCUGAGACUGUGAGCUGUGGCAGCCUGCCUGCCCCUGUGCAUCGUCUGGCCCCAAUUAUUUCCCAGCUUGAUUGUGUUUUGAUAUGGUUUUGGUUUUUUUAAAGACUUGGUAUUUUCAGCUGAUUCAUUAAGCCGCUCUGGCUCAAGCCUUUCUUUUCUGCUAUUAAUCCUUGUAGCAGAAGACUUAGAAAUCGUUCCUUUUGAAGUCAGUGCUUGUGACAGACAGAUUAGGAGCCAGCCCUCUGUGACAGGCAGCAGGGUUUGCUGCCUCGGACUGAGUGCACUGAGGCUGGAACACAGGUCCUUCUGGCUUCACCUUGCUAGAUAAUACUGGAGCCAUUUUUCAGUACUGUUUAAAAAAAAAAAAAAAAAAAAAAGUCUUAAACUCUGCCUUUCAAGCUCUGUGAUGUGACCAGGAUAUGUAUUUUCAAAGCUUAAAAAACCAAACACAAUCCAAGCGGCUCUUCCUCAGCUGCUGUGCUGUAGAGCUAGGGCGCUGUGCCCACAGGCAUAACGGCUUAAGACAGCCAAAUAGCAAACGCAGGUUACCAGAGCUCCUCUGGGACUCUACGUGUAUGUAUUGAUAAGUUCUCUUGUAAUAUUUUGUUCAAACUGUUUGUAUAUGCAACUUUCUCAACUUGUUAUGCUUUUCAAUGAAAAUAAAUUGUUGGUACGCA